AUGGCCCGCUUGAACUGCAUUGGGACUCUCCGGCUUCGCAGUUAUUUGCGCAUGCUCGGUGUAUUCACCUCUGCCAGUGUCUCCGGGCUGCGUGAUGCCCAUGAGUUGCGCCAGCCUAACCAGUUUCCAGGUCUCGAAUUCAGCGACGAUCCCCGGGAAAAGCAAAAGGCACCAGGGAUGUACUUCCCAAGCGCCAUCGUACGGGCGAACAAAGCCUCACCUGACCAAAUGUAUACUUCAGGCUCACACGACUCGAUGUUCUACCAGUGGCAAUUUGGCCCUUCCAAAUUCACCUCUUGUUACAUUGACAGCGUCGUCCCCACUCUCGAAGAUGGUCUUGUGGCAAACAAGACCUAUACCUCGUCUGGCACCCUCACUGAAAUCCAGAUUUGGAAUGUUACCACUCCUGUUGAGGGCACGACGAGCCUCAGCUGGAACACACGACCCCAACGAAUUGCACUGAUGGGCACCAUCACAUUCCUUCCUGAGAAAGAGAAGAUCGAACAACUACAUUUUGAAGAUGGCUCGGCAGUCGCAGCUGCCAACGCGGUUGUCGUGUGGUAAGAAAGCGCCGGUUAGCAUCGAGGUUGCCUGCGAUGGUUGGUUGUAAACUUGAAUUUGAGUAAAUAUUCUCAACUCCUCCGUUGGGUGAGUACGGCUGUACAUAGUAUUACAGGUCGAGGUGGCAGACUUAUCCAUGUUAUAGCUUUCGACCUGAUGGAGAUAGGAUAGAUUAAGUAUUCAGUAGAAAAGACACGAAUUGCAAUGAUGAACAUUGAACGUACAUUUGCGCCAAUUGCAAGUUUCUGUAUGACUAAUCAACUUCACGGUCUCUGAAGUGAACCCAC